AUGAGUUUGCGUGCUUUGACCAUGAAGGCCUCUACCAGGCCUUUGGUGAUGUUGGGUAUGCGCCAAGCCCCAAUUGGUGCCCGCUACAUGUCCACACCGGCUCCACAGGACCCAAAGGAGAAGGCGUCUUCGAUUUUGAGCGCUUUGCCCGGCAACAGUGCUUUGUCAAAGACUGGUAUCUUAGCUACUUCUGCCGCUGCAGCCGUCUACGCCAUCUCUAACGAGCUGUACGUUAUCAACGACGAAACCAUUUUGCUGGCUACCUUCUCCGGUUUCGUGGCCAUUGCCGUCAAGUUUUUGGCUCCUGCUUACAAGGACUACGCUGAUGCUAGAGUCAAGCAGGUUUCUGACGUGUUGAACGCGUCUAGAACUAAGCACGUCGAUGCUGUCAAGCAAAGAAUUGACUCUGUAUCCGAGCUGCAAAGCGUCUCCGACACCACCAAGGUCUUGUUCGAUGUUUCCAAGGAGACUGUUGAGCUUGAGGCCAAGGCUUUCGAACUGAAACAAAAGGUUGACUUGGCUUCCGAGGCUAAGUCUGUCUUGGACUCUUGGGUCAGAUACGAAGCUUCUGUCCGCCAGUUGCAGCAACAGCAGCUCGCCGAAACUGUCAUCAAGAAGGUUACCUCCGAGCUGUCUAACUCCAAAUUCCAGGACAAAGUCUUGCAACAAUCCGUCGCUGAUGUCGAGAAGCUGUUCGCCAGCUUGAAGUAA